CCCAUUUCAGAGGGAGGGUAGUGCGGACGUUUAUAGACGUUCCAUAUUUUAUUUUUAGUAGUUUUAGUUUUUCUUAAUUGAACUGGUGUGGAUAAGAAGAUUCUAAAAUUCUAAUGCCGUGCAUAUACAUUUAAACGUCAAUCACACAACCCGCGACUCUCAAAAAAUUAAAGCGACUUUUCGCUUUUGGCAACUGUGCAGAGGAAUGCGAUUCACCACCCAGUCCGCCUGUAUCCCGUGAUGCAUCACGUUAAGCAGUCUGACAACUUGAUAAUUUCUAGACGGAAACAGCUGAUUAAAAAGUCAAAGUAGAUGUGCUGUGUGCUGACAAUAAAUAACCAAGUAGUUUUUUUCGGCCUUACAGGUGAGUAGCCAGUACAGCCUGUUUCAAGUGCAGAAGGAUCAACUGCGCUCACGACGCCCGGUUUAGAGAACACUUUUCCAGUAAUGCAGAGCUGAGAGACCCCGGUGAGAAAGAAUUGGCCUCUUUGGAGGAGGUGGAAUCCGUGGCAAAUAAAACCGGGAUUUACCUGCAGUCUCAAAAACUGAUAAACACGCUUGUCAUGUGAUUGAAUAGCUGAGGGAAGUUGGAGUUGCAAUGCUUUCUACCCACACAUCUGAAAGUGGGCCUGACCCUAAAGAAGUUAAACAGUGGAUAAAGACAAAGUUAGCAGUUUCCCUCAAGGCACUGCAAAAGCACUUUGUGACCACGGAUGCUGUUGUAACCAGCGAUGACAGUGAUGCGAACAUCCUUUGCUGUGCCCUGGAAGCUGUAUUUAUCCACGGGAUAAAAAAUAAAUAUAUAAAAACCGAAACUGGAGGAAGGGGAAAGAAAUUGGGGAUGCGAGGACCUCUACCACAGCCUGUGUUCUGGUCUCUCUUAAAAACCAUCACUCACAGAGAUGUGGUCACAGAGUUGGAACAUCUGAACUUUAUCAACACAGAUAUCGGUCGCUGUCGGGCCUGGAUCAGGUUAGCAUUAAAUGACGGUCUAAUGGAGUGCUAUCUCAUAACGCUGCUUCGGGAGAGAUCCAAACUCUCUGGAUACUACCAGCCAGCAGCACUCCUACUGGACACUGAAGAGCGGGAGGUUCUGCUCAGUUACCUGCAAGGCUUAACUUCCCUUUCCUUCCAACUGUCUUACAAAUCAGCUGUGCUAAAUGAUUGGACAGUCACUCCCUUAGUUCUUGCAGGUCUUUGCCCCAGUUCCGAUUCAUUUGACCUUCCAGCAUCCGAUUCCAAACUAAAUGAAUCCUGGGAUUCUGUUUCCCAGUCCUUGGGUUCAGAUAUCAUUGAAGUUCAUCAUAACUCUGGUUCGGCACAAAGUAAGAACGUGGGGAAAAGUAAACUCACCUCUUCCACCCUGAGUCUUGAUACCACUGGUUCAUCACAGCUUUCUUCCAGCCUUAGCUCUGACAGCCUUCUCCAAGUCAAUGGGACCAAAAGCCCUGAUAAGUCCUCAGAUGAGCCCUGGUCGUGUGACUCUGACAUGGGUAUUAUGAGUGCAGAAGACUCCGGCAAAUCUAUGCAAGGUGAAAGUGCCCAGUCAAGUCAAGAUUCUGAGAAAGAGGACUUAUUCCUAUCAAAUCAAGAACAGGAACUUCCAUCCGAGACUGCAGAAGCAUGCGAUGAUGAGACACGUGGCCAGUCAACUGCUCCUGCUAACAUAGGAAAUUCUUCUACGCCGGUGACUUUGCAACCAGAGUUUGAAAGUGUCAGGGAACUAGAAUAUGAUGUUGAGAAACCAGUCCCAGCUCCUGAACUGCCUGAUCAUAUUCCUCAGCUGUCUGUGCAACUAAUGGAUGAAACGUCAGGCAUUUCAGAGCCAGCUCUUGUAGAUAAAAAACAUGAAAUCUGCAAGACGGAAAACAGAUGUCAAGAAACUGGUCCAAAUAUACAAUGCUGUUUUGAAGAAUCCUUGCAUUCUCCUACAACAGGUCUUCCAAAAAGCCGAAGCUGGAUAUCAGAGGAUGAUAUUUACAAACCGUACCAAGAUGACAAACCCAGAGAAGAGCAAGUGCAGUCAGACAGCACGACCACUAUGAAUGGAGUGGACUUUGCUGGCUUAGAACUCCCCCAUCUAACAAGUCCCAGCUCCGAUGGGAAACUACCACUGAAUCACGAGUUCAAAGUUGUUCAUCGCAGACAAAUCGGACUCUCCAAUCCAUUCCGUGGGCUUCUCAAGCUGGGGAAUCUGGAGAGGCGAGGAGCAGUGGGCAUCUGGAAAGAGUACCGAUGUGAGCUGUCCCCGUACGAGUUCCGUCUGUACCAGAAUGAUGAGGAGCGCACGUGUGCGGAAAACUGCUCCCUCCUCCGGUGUGAGUCAGUGGGGCCGGCCAGCAGUGACGGACGAUUUGAGCUCCUCUUUUCUGGGAAGAAACUGUACCUGCGAGCCCCUUCGCAAGACGAGGCUGAAGACUGGCUAGAUCGGCUGCAAGAGGCCCUCCACAAGUGCCGGCCCCCGCAGCAAGACGACCACUGGGAAAUAUUACAGGCUGCCACUUCCAGCAACGUCAGUGAAGAGCCUCCUUCUCCUGGUCAGCCCAAUGAGGCUGUGGAAGACAACAAGCCCAUCGUUUUGGACUGGAUUCGGCACACAGAACCGGAGCAGGAUGCCAUUAAAGAGUCAGUCCUGUAUGUCUUCACUGAUAACAAAAGCUGGGAACCGUAUGUUUUUUCUCUGUCCUUGGAGGCACUGAAAUGCUUUAGGAUCAGUGACCAGCAAAAGAUUCUGCACAAUAGCUCCAAGAUCGAGGCAAUCCGAGACAUUGUCCCUGAUACUUCCCUUGGGGGACCGGCUUUCUUUAAGAUUUUGACCUCCAAGACCACCUUAAAGCUGCAGGCCGAAAAUGCCAAUGAGGCAAAGUCGUGGAGAGUGGUUAUACGAGGGGCAUUAACGUCUUACCUGGAAACCUCUGAGGACCCCCAGACCGGAGUUGGAGGAGAUGGGAACAUUCACAGACUCAUUCAGUACAGUAUAAAAGGCAGUAGUGCUUUACUACCCUACCUGACUACUGUCCCCACAGAGAAAGGACUGGAUGCACAGAAUUUCAAAUGUGCAGGUUGCCCCAGGCAAAUUGGCUUUUCUUUUGGAAAACCAAAGCUGUGUGAAUUUUCUGGACAAUAUUAUUGUGAAACUUGUCACCAGGAUGAUGACACAGUCAUACCUUCAAGGAUUAUUCACAACUGGGACCUGACUAAAAGACUAGUUUCCAGACAAGCUAUUAAGUUACUCAGUCAGAUUGAAUCAGAACCCUUGAUUAACAUGGAGUCUGUCAAUGUAAGUUUAUAUGAUCACGCAGAACAGUUGGCACACAUCUACAAAAGCCGACAGAAGAUUAAAUUGCUGGGUGAUUACCUAAUUACAUGUCGAAGUGGUGCUAUUAAAACGAUGCAUACAAAACUUGAGAAAAGGAACUACCUUUUGGAGUCAGCCCAUUUGUAUGGCGUUGCAGAUCUUCGUCAGGUAGCAGAAGGGCAGUAUGAAGCAUUUCUCCAGUCUCUGAUCCAGUUUGCUUCCAACCAUGUCUACCAGUGUGACCUUUGCACCAUGAGAGGCUUUAUCUGCCAGAUCUGUAACGGCAAUGACAUCAUCUUCCCCUUUGAGUUUGACACAACCACCAGGUGUAAAGAGUGCAAGGCUGUCUUUCACCCCUCCUGCAAAGCACAGUCCAAGUCCUGCCCUUGCUGUUUGCGACGGCAGAGAUAUCUGGAAAGAGAGCUGCAGGACUAGACAACACCACAUCAUCAGAAACAGCACUGUACUCUUUUUUUUUUUAAAAAAUGUUUUUUAAUAAUAUAAAAGCACUGAAUGAAUAAGAAUUCCCAUAUAUAAUAUAAGCCUUACAUAUAUAAAACAGUGAACACUUACUUUAAGUGUCUGCAACAAUUCACUUACAGGUCGCAUUAGAAACAUCUUCAAGUGCCAUAUGUGGCUUUACAAAAGUCAGAACACUGCCGAACUGUGGGUGUUUUUUUUGUUUUUUUUUAGCCAACGUGCACUUCGAGGCUUGCAAAUCAAAAGGUUGUCUCUCUUGUUUAGAACUUUGAAUUGAGAUACCCAGUUUUAAUGCUGAUGGUACAGCGGAAGAUUGCAGCUACAUAUUUGCAAAACUGAGGCGGGUAGCUGAGAUCACAGCUUCAGAGACAAAGGAAAUCGAGGAACAGAGAUAAAGGGUUUCCUGUUACUGCAAUUUCACAUACAGUCGUAUGUCUGUUAUAAGCACUGGUUAUAUGUUUUGGGUUUUUUUGGUUUUUUUUUUUUAAACAUAUGAUUUAAUUUGUAGUUUUAUUUCUUUGUUACAAUCACACUUUUGAUGAGAAAGUGUCACAUUUUCUCAUGGUUGUAUCUUUUUUUAUUUUGUUUGGCACGAUAAAAGCUAAAUUAUUUUUUGCAGUGGCUAUCAUUAGCUUGAUUUUAUCAUAUAAAAUGUGAUCACAUUUUAAUCUAUGCACUUAAUUUUUGAGGGAGGUGUAUUAAAGUAAUAACAAUCGAAUGCAAGUCUGGCGCCUUAUCUGUAAAUUUAAAGACAAUGCAGUCUUUGUCUAAUACAUUUUUAUUUGAAAUCAGAUGACAUUUUUUUUUUUUAAUAUAUUACAAAGAUCAAGUGGUAUAGAGAUUUGUGGUUAUUAAACAUGCAUGCUAAAACAGUUUUGAGGCAGAGUUCGCUGUGUCUUGUUAUUUUAAUAGUAACUGAAAUGAUAUACUCCAUGUUAAGAUAAUAAUUAAGAUACAAUUCUAUUACAUUUAUUUAUUUUUCACGUAGGCCAUGUAUGAAGGGAAUAUAUACUGUCAAGGAAAUAGCUGAAUAAUGUUCAUGGUUGGGAGAAAAAAUAACCCUUUUUUGAAGAACACAUAUGCAGAGAAGUUGAAUUUACUUUGGGUAGACAAGAAAUUGUGCCUUUGACAUUCUUGUCUUAAUAUAUAAAAAAAAUUCAGCAUGUAAUAUUAAUGUAAUUUCCAUUGUCCAAUGUGCCAACAAAAGAGUAAUUAUAUGUGCAAAUUCUAAUACGUUUAUGUGUUGUAAUUUAAAUCAAUUGUAAAUAUCAUUGGCUUGUAAUACUGUAAAAGAAAAUGAAGCAUAAUUUUACCCUGGAACCAGUUAUAAGAUACUGGUUCUGUUGUCUACUAAUUGUUUGCUACAGGCUGAUCAUAACUUUGGUGUUGCAUUUGAGGAAUAAAGUAAAUGUCUGAAGUGUCAAAGUGAAACUCUGGUGUUUUGGUAGCAUGUUGUCAAAUUUGUAUUUCUGUGUUUGUUACAACACAUCUAAAAUUUGGUAACUCUGCAGUAGUGUUUUUCAUUUGCCAAUACUGCACUCCAGAUCUUGUGAAAUUGUAAGUCAAUAGAUUUAACAGUACACAAGAUAAUUUACCAUUAGGGUGCAGCACUUUUUAAAAUGCUCACUUUCUAAAAGCACAGGUAACAAAAAAUUAAUAGGACUGUUUUUACUGCUGCUGUAUUGGUAAGCUCUCGGGUGUGCUGUGAAAUUAAUCAAUUGGUCACUAUUUUGGUGGCACUAAGUUUAAACAUAAUUUCUCUUGAAACAAACUAUGCAGAAUUUCCUAAUUAUUUUUACUAGGUACAUAUCCUUAUACCCACUACUGUUCCAUGUUAAGAGACUUAUUUUUGUGUGUUGAUUUAAAUUGUCAAUCUUGAUAUCUGGACUUCAUCCUUGCAUUGUUUUGUGUAGACUGAUAAACUGGUCAUUGGUAAUUCCGAUUGUAACAAGUAGGUGGCAGUACUUUAUUCUAUUUGACAGCAAGAUGCAAAAACAUUUGUUCAAUCUAUGCACAAUAUUCUCAGCUUGUUGAGAGCUCAGCUCUGUACUCUGUUGAUUUUGUUUGUUCAUUUUAGGUUUUUAAGAGUGUUAUAUAAAUAAACUUUGUAAUUGUUUGAUCUGA